AUGGCCGCCUCCAGCGACCUCCUCGACGUCGACCCGCCCGAGCUCCAGUUCCCCUUCGAGCUCGACAAGCAGAUCUCCUGCCCCCUCAAGAUGAUCAACAAGACCGACAGAACCGUCGCCUUCAAGGUUAAGACGACGACCCCCAAGAAGUACUGCGUGCGCCCCAACAAUGGCGUCGUGCGGCCGCGGUCCACCUGCGAAGUUGUAGUGACGAUGCAAGCCCAGACUGUUGCACCACCAGACUUGCAGUGCAAGGACAAAUUCUUGGUGCAAAGCGUGGUCGUCGCCGAUCGCUUAUCGGCCAAGGACAUCAUCCCUCAAAUGUUCAUGAAACAAGGGGGUAACGCUGUUGAGGAGGUGAGGAUGAGGGUCACUUAUGUGAUGCCAACCGAAUCGUCGUUAGAGAUUGCGGAGGAAAGCGAUGGGCCACAGCGUAUCUUGGUGCCUAUGCAGCGAAUUGCGGAUCAUGGGAGGAGCGCCUCAGAGCUGUCGAGUGGCUCGGUAUCCUUGAGAUCAGCUGAGCUGGGGACAGAGGUGGGAUCACCUACUGGACCAGUUGUAAGGACUGAAGAAUUACUGAGGGCUGCAGGACAUGCUGCUGAAACAAGAACAUAUACAGGGCCUGAUGCACAGUCCCUUGAGCUGUCGGCUUUGAUUACAAAAUUGACCAAGGAAAAGGAUUCUGCCCUUGAGCAAAAUAAAAAGCUUCACAGUGAGUUGGAGCUAGUAAGGCGUGAUGCCAGUAAACAAGGAGGAUUCUCGCUGAUAUUUGUACUGGUGUGUGGGCUGCUUAGCAUCAUUCUGGGCUAUCUUGUAAAGAAAUGA